AUGCUGCACGCCUUAGUUGCUGCUCCAAAAACUUGUGCUGAUAUUCCUCUUGUUUGGUUCCUUUUGAAUCUAACUUUCAUCCGUGCAUCAACAACUUGGUGGCACACUGCCUGGUGGUGGGCUUGCGGCUGGAAACAACAGCGACAAAGCGAUUUCAGUCGGGCAAGUGGGAUGGAUCCUACGUGCACCAGGGCAAGCGCAACGAGCUGGUCCUCGAGCUCCAGUUCAGUCACGACGGCGCCGUCAACGGCACCGGCCAGGACAGCACCGGCUUCUUCAGCAUCACUGGCGUUUACAAGUACAUCCCCAUCUCACCCACACCUCCGUACGGAGCCACACUUACGCGAACAGACAUGCAGAGCGGCAACACAAUGGAGAUGUCUGGCUUCAGAGAGAGCGCCAGCGGAGGGAUCUUCGGUACGUGGAACGGAACGUUGGGCUCUGGCGACUUCCGAAUCAAGCCAUCGGCCGACAUUGCAGAAGAAACUGAAGGAGGAAGCCGAGAAGAAGAAGGUGGAGCAGCUCAAGGCCAUGGGAUUCCCCGAAGAGUGGGCCAAGGACGCUCUCAAGGAGACCAAGGGCGAUCUUGACGCGGCGGUGGAGCACUUGACACUACAGCUGUCGGCCGGCGACGACUUUGGGUCAACACCAACAGCCUCGGGCGGCGGCGGCGGCGGCGAUGUGGCAGAUGCGUCGCUGGUGAGCCAGCUCACGGACAUGGGCUUCUCCGCCGACCAGGCCAAGAUGGCCCUCCAAGCUUGCGUUCCUCCAAAACAGGACAACGACGUGGGGCGAGCGGUCGAGUUCCUCUUCAAUCAGUAG